UCAAUUCAAAUUUUCUAAAUAAAACAAAGAGCGAGAAAGAGCUUUAACACAUUACAAACUCUUAAAUGUGUGUUCUUUGAUACAUAUUCUGGCUCCAAAAAAGGGGGAGGAGGGACGCGGGUUCGUAGCCUUGACUUAACGUCCAGCCCAGGUGUUACCUAAGUUCUCCUAACUUCAGCAGCCACCUGCACUUUUAAAUCUUGCUCCACAGCGAACUACGUUUCCCGAGAGCACACGUCGAAAGAGGCCCUUGAAGUGCAUGCUGGGAACUGUAGUCCGGAGGUGACUUUCUUGUCUUCCCGGCCCUGGACUCACGUCCCGAUUCCGGGACGGUCGAACCCAGGAUCUACCAAUUAGCUGGGGCCAUGUCGGUGAGGCCGUGGUCCAAUCGGGAAAGCCGGUGUGGGAACCUCGCAAAGCGAUUGGUCAAUGCUUGACCCCGGGGGCGGGGCAACGAGGUGGGCGGGAAGACUGCGGCGAUUGGGCACAGCGCCCGGGGCGGCGGGCGGGGAUUGGCUCCGCACUAGGGCAGGGAGGCCUGGGAAGGGGCGGAGGAAGGCGACCAGAGCAGGAAGAGCAGCGGCGAGGCGGCGGCGGUGCCUGAGUCGGUGGUGGCAGAGGCGAAGGCGACAGCUCCAAGGGGUGGCAGCGGCCGCGCGAGCAGGAUGCGGGUCCGAGUUGGGCUGACGCUGCUGCUCUGUGCGGUGCUGCUGGGCUCGGCCUCGGCGUCCUCGGAUGAAGAAGGCAGUCAGGAUGAAUCCUUAGAUUCCAAGACUCCUUUGCCAUCAGAUGAGUCGGUAAAGGACCACAGCACAGCGGGCAGAGUAGUUGCUGGGCAAAUAUUUCUUGAUUCAGAAGAAUCAGAAUUAGAAUCACCUAUUCAAGAAGAGGAAGAUAGCCUCAGGAGCCAAGAAGGGGAAAGUGUCACAGAAGAAAUCAGCUUUCUAGAAUCUCCGAAUUCAGAAAACAAGGACUACGAAGAGCCAACAAAAGUACGGAAACAAGCUCUGACCGCCAUUGAAGGCACAGCACAUGGGGAGCCCUGCCACUUCCCUUUUCUGUUUCUGGAUAAGGAAUAUGACGAAUGUACAUCAGAUGGGAGGGAAGAUGGCAGAUUGUGGUGUGCUACAACCUAUGACUACAAGGCAGAUGAAAAGUGGGGCUUUUGUGAAACUGAAGAAGAGGCUGCUAAACGGCGGCAAAUGCAGGAAGCGGAAAUGAUGUACCAGACAGGAAUGAAAAUCCUCAACGGAAGCAACAAGAAAAGCCAAAAAAGAGAAGCAUAUCGGUAUCUUCAAAAGGCGGCGGGCAUGAAUCAUACCAAGGCCCUGGAGAGAGUGUCAUAUGCUCUUUUGUUUGGUGAUUACCUGACACAGAAUAUCCAGGCAGCCAAGGAGAUGUUUGAGAAACUGACUGAGGAAGGCUCUCCUAAGGGACAAACUGCUCUUGGCUUUCUGUAUGCCUCUGGACUUGGUGUUAAUUCAAGUCAGGCAAAGGCCCUAGUAUAUUAUACUUUUGGAGCUCUUGGGGGCAACCUCAUUGCACACAUGGUUUUGGGUUACCGGUACUGGGCUGGCAUCGGAGUCCUCCAGAGUUGUGAAUCGGCCCUGACUCAUUAUCGUCUUGUUGCCAAUCAUGUUGCUAGUGAUAUCUCGCUGACAGGAGGCUCAGUAGUACAGAGAAUACGGCUGCCUGAUGAGGUGGAAAAUCCAGGAAUGAAUAGUGGAAUGCUGGAAGAAGAUUUGAUUCAAUACUAUCAGUUUCUAGCGGAAAAAGGUGAUGUACAAGCACAGGUUGGUCUGGGACAACUGCACCUGCAUGGAGGUCGUGGAGUAGAACAAAACCAUCAGAGAGCAUUCGACUACUUCAAUUUAGCAGCUAAUGCUGGCAAUUCACAUGCUAUGGCCUUCUUGGGAAAGAUGUAUUCAGAGGGAAGUGAUAUUGUACCGCAGAGCAAUGAGACAGCUCUUCACUACUUUAAGAAAGCUGCUGACAUGGGCAACCCAGUCGGACAGAGUGGACUUGGAAUGGCUUACCUGUACGGGAGAGGAGUUCAAGUUAAUUAUGAUCUGGCACUAAAGUAUUUCCAGAAAGCUGCUGAACAAGGCUGGGUGGAUGGGCAACUGCAGCUUGGCUCUAUGUACUAUAAUGGCAUUGGAGUCAAGAGGGAUUAUAAACAAGCCUUGAAGUAUUUUAAUCUAGCUUCUCAGGGAGGCCAUAUCUUGGCUUUCUAUAACCUAGCACAGAUGCAUGCCAGCGGCACAGGUGUGAUGCGAUCAUGUCACACUGCAGUGGAGUUGUUUAAGAAUGUGUGUGAACGAGGCCGUUGGUCCGAGAGGCUUAUGACGGCCUAUAAUAGCUAUAAAGAUGGCGACUACAACGCCGCAGUGAUCCAGUACCUCCUGCUGGCCGAACAAGGCUAUGAAGUGGCACAGAGCAACGCAGCCUUCAUUCUCGAUCAGAGGGAAGCAACCAUCGUGGGGGAGAACGAGACUUACCCUAGAGCUUUGCUGCAUUGGAACAGGGCUGCCUCGCAGGGCUAUACCGUGGCUAGAAUUAAGCUUGGAGACUACCAUUUCUAUGGCUUUGGCACUGACGUAGACUACGAGACUGCAUUUAUUCAUUAUCGCCUAGCAUCUGAGCAGCAACACAGUGCACAAGCUAUGUUUAAUCUGGGAUAUAUGCAUGAGAAAGGACUAGGCAUUAAACAGGAUAUUCACCUUGCAAAACGUUUUUAUGACAUGGCAGCUGAAGCCAGCCCAGACGCCCAAGUACCAGUCUUCCUAGCACUAUGCAAACUGGGUGUGGUAUAUUUCUUGCAGUACAUACGGGAAACAAACAUUCGAGAUCUGUUCACCCAGCUUGACAUGGACCAGCUUUUGGGACCUGAGUGGGACCUUUACCUCAUGACCAUCAUCGCGUUGCUCUUGGGAACAGUUAUAGCUUACAGGCAGAGGCAGCACCAGGACAUCCCUCUCCCCAGGCCUCCAGGACCACGGCCAGGGCCGCCACAGCAGGAGGGGCCACCGGAGCAGCAGCCACCCCAGUAACAGCCACCAUGUCCAGCCUUGAUCAGUGACAACCAAGGAUAUUGUCUGCUGAGAACACUUGCAUUUGAUUUAGAACUUCGGAUCAGCGGUCACCUCCUGGAAGAGGCACAAGAAGCAUUGAAUUCCUAAAGCUGCUUAGAAUCUGAUGCCUUUAUUUUCAGGGAUAAGUAACUCUUACCUACACUGAGUUGAAUGUUUGUUUCAGUGCCGUGUGGAAUAACAACUCUCAAUGGCUUCCUCUCCCGUCCCCUUUUUUUUUUCUGGAAACAUGUGAGACACUCAAAAGUCUGCUGCACCCAGCUGUCUCUCUCGGGUCCUUUUCAGUCAUUCUCUCAAUGUGCAUAAGUUCUUCUAUCAACCACCUCUAAGGUCUUGUGCAUCAACACUAAAAACUCAUCACUGUAAAAAGGAAAAACCAGUUAGUUGCAAGUUUAACCUUAACAUGUUUGAAAGUCUGAAAAUAGAACUUGCCUUUUAAGUAAAAAAAAAAAAGCAAAGUGUUUCAGAACUGCAAUAACUGAGAAACUUUUACCAAUCCACAUGCAAGUAUACAUAUUGAACAUAUUUGUUAUUUUAAAAGGGAAGGCGGGGAGGUUUCUUCUUAUUGGUGAUUGUCACACUUUAUCCCAUACUUCUCUCCUUCACAGACUGAAAGGCGUGUUAAAGAGUUUUAUAUGAACCUCACUUCUCUGGAAUGGAAUAUAUAAAACAUUGUGAACUGACUCCUUGAGCUAACAUGUGACAUUGCCCCCACUUACUCAAUGUAAUUUGCUUGUUUGUUUUGAGUAUACAGAGCCUUGAUCCAGAAGCCAGAGGAUGGACUAAGUGGGAGAAACUAGAAAACAGUGGUAAAGAAGUCUAGGUAGGGUACCAAGAUGACAGACACUUUUCCCCCAAAGAUGAAGCAUUUGUUCCCAGGAUCUCACUUCACUUUGUAUUUCUACCACAAAAGAACAGAUCUCACCCCCCUGAAUUCUUUAGAUCUGAAAUGAUAUUGCCAGGAUGUGUCAUCGAGUGACUCCCAGUAUAAAACAAGCUCAGAGACUCUAAGAUGCAUUAAACUCAGUGGUUGAGGAAAGCCAAAGCCUGUUCAUACUGUUCAGGGCGAUUUUUACUUCAGCAGUUUUCUAUUCCGGUAGAAAGUCAGCCACGUCCUUAGCUGUCAUAUUCACCAGCUUCCAACUGGUAACUUGAGGAAGAUCAAGGCUGUGCCCCUUGAGAAUUGCCUGGUUAAAUAGUGUGGAGCACAGCAACAACAAAGAAAAGCGAGGACAUCACACAUCAUACAAAGGAAGAAAUUUAAACUUAAGCCGAAUUUGUAUUUCUUUUUAUUGUCAGAUGGUGGCAUUCACCAGCCUACAUCUAGUCUGAGACUACGUCCGUAUCUGAGCAGGCUUUCUAUGCCUCCUGACCUCAACCUGUUUAUAACAACCUUUCUACUCUUGCUCCAUAAUCCUUCACCUGCCAGAAAACUUGAAGAGUGUAUUACCUGUAGAGUCGCAAGACUUUGGUUUUUGAAGUCGGCAUUGUAUUUAGAACUAGAGUUAAUUAGUCUGUGAUGAACAUGAAGGCUUUGAAUGUGAAGUCAUAGGCUUUCUGUGUGUGUUUUGGAGGAUUACGAGAAACCUGGUACUCAAACUUGACUCCCGCAUAAUUGCUUCCAAAUUUGAAAAGGUGGCCACAGAACCAUGUGUGUAAAAGCCUAUCUGAGAGGUAGCAAGUCUGAGCCUUGAGAGCAUCAUGUUGUUUUGGACAGCUCUUAAUUAGACAGCUUUGACCUCUUACCCUGAGAUUCGAGUGCAGUUGACCUUUCCCCACCACCCCUCACAGAUGAGGAUAGUUCACAGGAGCGCCAACAUUUCAUUUCCAAGGAACCGUUUUAAUGUAUUUAAAUGUGUUAAGACCCUCCAAGAUGACUGAACUUCCCUUUCUCCCCCUCUAGCCAUCCACCUGAUUUUUUUUAAUCUCUAGCUUUACUUCCCUCCACUCGUGCUUUGAAAAGACAUUUCCUAAAGCAGUGUGCACUACCUGAAGCCAGAUGGGAAAGCGCCAUCGUGCUCUUCAUGCAAUAACAAACUCCCUGUUCGUUUACCACUACUUGCCGUGUCCUUUUUAUUACUGAUAUUCCAAGUAGCCUCUUUGUGGCUUGUUUCCACUUCCUGCUUGACCCCCCCCAACCCCGGGUCACUUGCUCCUGGAAAUUUGAACAGUAUAUUUACAAAUACCUUGCUUCCUCCUCGUUUUCUGUUCAUGGGACAUAAUACCUAGGCAAGUAGGAACUGGGUUUGGUGUUUCUCCUAAAAUAAUGCUCAAUACUUACCUAAUCAAAUGGCAUCCAUUUGAAUCAAAUGACAGUAACUAAAGCUAGUUAAUGUCAAUGACAUUAAAUUAACUCCGGGAUUCAGGAGUUUUAAUGUUAGAAUUUAGAGUUAGCAGAUUGAGUGCAGUUUCUCUUUCUCCGUGGUAGCCUGUCUCCUGACCCCUCUAGCCUGUCUUCCUGCCUUCGAAGGUGAGGACAGUAGUACUUAGCUUAUAUUCUCCUCUGCGUUCGGUUUGUGGUUAGUCAACUAUUUCAGUCUUGAGACCAUCCCUUUGCUUCUGUUUUAUGUUAUAAAGGUAGCAUUGGUGUUUGGGAUUUUGUUUUGUUUUGUUUUCUUUCUGUGUUUGAAGUUUUUGUUUUCUUAAUAAGGCUUAUCUUAUUUUUGGUUAAUAUUCAAUGGCACAGAAAAAGGAAAAGCCUUUUUUCCGAACUUCCUUAUUUUAACACUUAAAUGAGAUUUACUUUGAAUCAUUUACUGUAGUACGCUUGAGGAUUUACCUUGUGCAUAUAAGGUUAAUUAAUUUGUGGAAGUUUUACUGCUAAGCUGAGCUAGCUCUGUACCAUUGAGAAGUUUUCGAAACUUCUGUGGUGAUCUGGCCACGAUCUGAUGCUUUAUUUAAUUAAGGAGCUGCUGUUGCCUCCAGGAAACUUAAGUAUUUUGUAUAGGAUUUUUUUUUUCUUUUGCUUCGUUUUUCCCUCCUUUCUUUGGUUCUCAUAUUUGUUCUUCAAACCAGUGUUUUGGAAGUAUGCAUGCAAGCCUGUGAGUGGAGACCACAACUCUUCAUGUGUGUAGUAUAUGUAUUACUGACUAGUUCCAUCUGCAAAAAAACUUCCUUUACAGAGGUUUGGACUAACGUUUCACAUGCACAUUUCAGAACAGUGUCAGAUAAACAGCCCCUAUACCUGCCAAGAAGAGCAGUGUGGGCUUCUUUUGCCCUGACGACAGCUAGUAUUUGUUCUGGAAGUGAAUAUAAUAUGCGUUGCACAAUAUUGUGACCAGAAGAAUGCAAGCAAUAAGGCAAAAGAAACUUCUGUUUUCAUGAAAAAAUCAUCCUCAGUCAUUGCUCUCCAACAUAAGUGAAAAUACAAAAUUUUUUAACACCACAUUAUCUAAGACACUACCUGAUUUUUCAGGUAUAGUAGUUCUUGAUGCUAAAUUUCUCCUUUCACUUGGUAUUUCAAGAAAGUCUAAAAUAUCCUGAGUAAAAAUGAUUUGUAUUUUAAAGUGACUAUUUGCAGAAGCAAAACUCUGAUUUUGUGUGCAUGAGGAUGUCCUGAUUAUGUGCAGGAAGUCAUCUCGCAUGCACUGUUUUUCCUGUCUGGAAUGACAGACAAGCUGACACUAGUCUCUUUGAUUUAAGAAAAGAAAUCAUAAUGUCAAAUAUGAUCGAGGUAUAACCACUAUCAAUAUUUAGGAGAAGUUUAAAAGACUAUAAGCUGGCAUUGGAAGGAACACCAUGGUAGACUUUUUUGUAAAUUUAUUUUGUAUUUAAUUAAAUACGGUAUAAAGGCUGGUGAAGUGUAAUAUAAUUGUGUAAACAAGUCCUGUUAAUAGAGAGAUGUACAGAUUCGUUUUGUACUGUAUCUUGAAACUUGUGAAAUAAAGAAUCCACCUCUGGUUA